GGGUGGAGGGGGAGAGAGGUAAAUAGCCUUAAAUCGGAAGGGAGCUGCUUCUCUGUGGUCUUCCACAAGAGCUGCCUGGGCUCUGCUGGCUCAGUAAUAACUGAGUGACCUUUUCUUUUGCUGUAUUAUGUCUGGCUGGUAAGGGAUUGCAUUUUGCAGCUGAUAAAGCCCUGACUUCAUUCAACUCGGCUCCUCACACGCUGCUUUAGGUAAGUUGUCUUCAGCCAGGACGGAGACAGACAGCCUUGGACUGCAAGAUACUAAAAGGAGGACACCUGUAGCUCGGAUGCGGUCAACACAAUUACUUGGCGGAUCCUUGAGGACCUCAUUAUUUUAAACUUAAAGAAUAGCGAUCUCCCUCCCCAUCUCUCCCACCCCCUCUUUAUUUUUUUUCCCCAAACAAUGCUUCUUUUUGACCUUUUCCAAGGAGAAGAGCUACAAAGCAGCCACUGUGCUUAUUGAACUGCCUCCCCUGUAUCGCUUAAUUGAGAAGGUAUACAAAUGCUCUCAGUCCAGCCAGACACCAAGCCGAAAGGUUGUGCUGGCUGCAACCGUAAGAUUAAAGACCGGUAUCUUCUAAAGGCCCUGGACAAAUAUUGGCAUGAAGACUGCCUGAAAUGUGCCUGCUGUGACUGUCGCCUGGGGGAGGUGGGCUCUACCUUGUACACCAAAGCCAACCUUAUCCUUUGUCGCAGAGACUAUCUGAGGUUAUUUGGCGUUACAGGAAACUGUGCUGCCUGCAGUAAGCUCAUACCUGCUUUUGAGAUGGUGAUGAGAGCAAAGGACAAUGUUUAUCACCUGGACUGUUUUGCAUGUCAACUUUGUAAUCAGAGAUUUUGCGUUGGAGACAAAUUUUUCCUGAAGAACAACAUGAUUCUGUGCCAGACAGACUAUGAGGAGGGUUUAAUGAAAGAAGGUUAUGCACCCCAGGUUCGCUGAUCUGAUGCCACAUCAUUAAGAAUACAAAGCACUAUGUUCUUUUAUCUUUUUUGCUCAACAUGUAUAUAAGAAAUGACACAGGAACCUACUGAAUAGCAUAGAUCUAGGGAGACAGAAUGGUUGCGUGAAAUAAAAGGCGGACUGCAUCUGUAUGUAGUGAAAAUUGCUCCAGUUCAGAGUUGAAUGUUAAUUAAAAAGGUACUGUACAUACAGCUGGAUUCUUUUUGCUUGCUCUUGGGGUUUUUGGUUUGUUUGAGGUUUUUUUUUUUUGUUUCUUUUUGUGUCAUUUGGCAUGAGAUGUUUAUUUUGGACUAUUGUAUAUAAUGUAUUGUAAUAUUUGAAGCACAAAUGUAAUACAGUUUUAUUGUGUUACCAUUUGUGUUCCUGUUUGCUUCUUUGUAUUGUUGCAUUUAGUACAAUCAGUGUCUAAACUUACUGUAUAUUUAUGCUUUCUGUACCUACCAGCUAUUUUAAAUGAGCUGUAUCUUUCUAGUAAAAAGAAUUAAAGAGCAAAUCCCAACCAUUAUGCUACACUUAGAGCUUAAGAAUACUGUUUACAUUAAAACUAUUUAGAAAACUAAUAACUCUAGCAGCACCUGCUGCUAAUGAUGCUAUGGUUAAGGGUCUAUCAGCACUUCUGUUAUAAGCCUCUAUUUUUCAGGGGUUAAGCGUCUGCUGUUUAAUUGCAUAGAUUUUCCUCAAAGAGCACUUUUAUUUUACUACAAAUUUUUGAAAAACAAAUCUGACUGGUUUGGGAUAUAUUAAAAAAGGUGCAAAAGUUAAUGAUUUCGGGUGCUGCUUUUUUGCCCCUUAGGCAUUCAAAAUGCCUGGAUUUGAUUUUUAAUUUAGCUGGAAAUUAAGCCCUAAUGCAAACCAGUGCCUCUGGGUAUCUUAUUUUAUAUAUAUAUAUAUAAAAAAAAUAUAUGUUAUUUUUCUGAAGUCAUUUAAUUUGGGUGGGGGGAAGGGAGAGAACUUCUGUUUAUAUACAUUUUUAAAAUUUGAGGGGUCUCUCUCUCUCUCUCUUUCCUUUUUCCUUUUUUUUUUUAAAUCAGAGCUUAACCCUAAAGUUUUCUGGGUCUGUGUCCUAACAAACCCUGGAAAAAAGUGAAAGUAGAAGGCACUGUAAACAGCCCCCUCGCUAAGGGUCUAUUUACAUUAAGGAAAUGACACUAGGAGUGUGACUAGUUACUAACUACCCACCUGAGUGAAUGCUGAAGGUAAUUUUAAUGCUGAUGUGGAUGGGACAAAACUUUGAAAUAUCAACACAGAAAGUGAGAGCUACCACACUGGACCACGCAGGUACUUUGCUGUCCAUGCCAACAUCCUGCGGGUUUGUCCCAUCAAUACUGGCAAUUAAAAUCCUUUCGACAGAGGUGGAGUCACUGCUGACAGCUACCGUUGGCAAGCAGUCCAUUUUUUAGGAGAGGUGGACCUCUGUUUUUAAAGCCAUGAAGCUAUUGCAUCAGCAGGGUGUCCCUAAGCGCUCAUGCCCCUGACAGAGCUUACAGGUGUUUGGCAAAGGAAAGCAGGAUGAAUGUUUAAAAAGCUGUUAAAUGCAUAUUUAAUUCUUUUCUCUUUGCCACUGUAAUGUACCCCACCAAGAAAACAGCCUGCGUUAAAAAAAAAAAAAAAAAAAAAAACAAAAACCCAACAAAAA